UUUCUUUCAUUUAUGCUAAUAAUGGCCGUCAUAGAUUUAUUAUAACAGUUAUUUUGUAUUUAAUUUUGUGAAGUGUAUAUUUGAUAUUUACAAUGGAAGAAAGCGAGAUAAGGAAACUGUUAACCACAAAGAAUGGAUGUCGAGUCCCGAAGCUACUACCUAUACCUGAUGUCCACAUGAUGGAUGAACUACCCUUCGUGCCACUGCCUCCGUACAAUCGAAUCCAGGAUAAACGAGCAAAAUUUCGCAAAGCUCUAGAAGACAAAGCCACAGAGAGGAAAAUAAAGAUCGCUAAACCACCUUUACCGCGCUUCGAAAGAGAUCUUCUCGAGAUAUCGCAAGACCGACACAUCGCCGUGAUACGCAAGUGCGCGGACAAAGUCCGUCCGCCGCCGAUGCUUAAAUCUUGGGAAAGGAAAAUCUUAAGUCUCGUCCCUCCCAAACUUCUCGCUCCGUAUCCUUCAGUCACAAAUGCUGUUAUCAAGGAAAGCAAAGAUGAAUGGGAACACAACCUUCAUGACCUCGCCGUGAAAACAGUCAUACGCGAAAUUCCCGGUGUGCCCCGAUUGAGAUAUCAGGAACCUUUCUUUAAAUACAGUGGAGUAACACAGAAUUAUAGCAAAAUGCUCAAGUAUCGCAAAAGAUUACAAGGCGGUUCUCUACUUUUCCAUCCCUUUAUAAGACUAAUUCUCGAAUCUGCAGAAAGAAUGUUCCCAGCGUACAUAAUAGACUUGGCGAAAUAUAGAGCCAGAGGACCGAUAAAGUUGGAGGAUUUCAAAAAUAAGGUGCACGAUGAAAUUAAAAAAGCUGAACAUAUGCUUGCUAGUGUUUGGUACGGUGGUACCCUUUGUGCCUGGUUAAAAAAUCCGAGAUGUCUAAAAACUAUGCGCCAGAAACAGAUACCUGAUUUUGUGAGAGUCGCAACCAAACUUAUUUCUAUGCAAAUACAAGAAUUGAUGCGUCGAUCAAUUGACACCAUUAUAAGUGAUAUGCCAAAUGAGUCCAAGGUUCCGAUUUUACACUUGGACCUCGAUUUUGAUGACGAUUUCAAGUACGAUCCUUCUCUACAAACUGUGUAUGAAACUUUUCAUGACAUAGCUGAUGCAAUUUCAAAUAUUUGCCAAAGGCUUAUGCCCAUACAAGAAUAUCUUCGUUUGACAUAUGACAUCGACGUAUUGCCAGUUAAUUACAAUGAGUGGCUGUGUCAAAACGGUCAUGUCAGAUUACAGAAAGUUUUAGAUGAAGUAUAUGCUCCAUUACUUGGCUACACAGACAGUUUGCGCAAGCAGUACAAGAUGCUGUAUGGAGCAGACGCCAAAACGGCGCUUGAUAAAUUUAUCCUAGAGUGUGUUGAAUUUGAACAAGGUUGUGAUAAAAUAUUAUAUUUCCGGAGCAUUGACUACGAUAUAACAUCUACAUUAGAAAAUGAGUACUUUAACUGUGCUACUGUAUGCCAAUUUAGAAUGGUAGAUGGUUUAAAACGGAGAGCUUGUGAAUUUGUCAAUGAUAUUAUAGCUGGUAUAGUCACCACUCAUAUGGCAGAAAAUGACAGUAUUUGUGACGAAUUUGAAGAAAUAGCAGCAAAAGCUUUAAAGGAUCCAGCCAACGCAGCAGAGUUAGUAGAACAAGGAAUAUACAUCUUACACGCCAAGACUGUUUUAGUCGAAGGUUUGAAGGUUAGAAUCACCCGUCAAAUUCAAAUUGCGUCAGCUCUUAUAGAAAUUACAGAAUUAUCUGAAGAACAUGUCGAAUCAAAUGCCCGUACUGUGAAUUGGCUCAAAAAGAUUAAACCAAUAUUCGAUAAAAAUGCUGCCGCCUAUGAGGCUCACAAAGCGGAAAUGGAAGAAAAUCUACAAGCAAAGAUAGCUCUCUUAAACAAGGAGGUAAAGGACAUGACACCUUUCUUAGAGUUAUUGGAUCACAUGGACGACGUCGAUCACACUCUUGAAUAUUUGGAAUACUUGCGCAAACUGGUACAUCGAAUUCACGCUUGCGAUAAAUUAGUACAGUGGAUAAACAACGAGGAAGCCACUUUCAAAGUCCCCAUCAGUGCAUAUCCUGACCUAGAGGAGCUGAAAGAUUACAUAUUACCUUUUCAUAGCUUAAUAUUUUUAAUUCACCAAUGGAAGCGCAGCUAUUAUACAUGGAUGGAUGGUCCUUUUGAGUAUAUGGAUCAUAAUGAAAUCGACUCCGAUCACGACUUUUAUUACAAAGAGAUUUUAAAAAUAUCGAAAAACUACAGAAAUAAAAUAAAGCAACAAAUUGCUGAAGGCGUGGAAAAACGCUUUCAAGGUUCGAUUGAAGAUGUUGAUGUCAAUAAUCAACCUGCACCCAUGAAGAUUAGUGCGGCAGCAAUACUAGAAUUAAAGGCAUGGCGACCAAACGUUCAAAUGGCUCAUAUUAUGUGCAAUCCAGCGUUACGACAAAGACAUUGGGAUGAAAUGACAACCAUAGCUGGUUUUGAUUUAACACCGACUGCUGGAACUACUUUACGAAAAAUCAUAGAUUUCGACCUGUGGGAGAAGAUUGACGAGUAUGAAAUCAUUAGUAUUGCAGCUACCAAAGAAUUAGCAUUAAUCACCAAUUUGCAAAAAAUGCAAACAGAGUGGAUCGACAUACGUUUUAAAACUAGUCCAUACAAGGAUACUGGAAUUUAUAUACUGUCGGGCCUCGAUGACAUACAAAGCGUAUUAGACGACCACAUAGUUAAAACUAUUGGAAUGCGUGGUUCCGCUUUUGUGAAACCUUUCGAAGCCCAAGUUAGAACUUGGUAUGAAAAAAUUACGCGAGCCAAUGCAACCAUUGAUGAAUGGGGAAAAGUGCAAAGUCAGUGGUUGUAUUUGUUGCCCAUAUUUUCUUCAAAAGAUAUCGUGGCUCAAAUGCCGGAAGAAGGAGUAAUGUUUCAGGAAGUAGACGGUAUCUACCGCAGAUACAUGUCUAUUGUAGAUAAAGAUCCUCACGCCCUAGAAAUUGCUGGAUCUGCUGGGGUCUUGGAACAAUUCAAAAUUGCCACAACGUUAUUAGAAAAAAUUAACGAUGGUGUCAAUAACUAUCUCGAAAAGAAACGUUUGUACUUCCCUAGAUUUUUCUUCUUGUCCAAUGAUGAAAUGUUGGAAAUUCUGUCUGAAACAAAGAAUCCCCUCAAAGUACAGCCUCAUCUGAAGAAAUGCUUCGAAGGCAUAAACAGAUUAGUUUUUGACCCUGAUUUCUUUAUACUGACAAUGAUAUCCAUGGAAGGAGAACAAAUAGACUUCCUCGAACAAAUAAAUGUACAAGCUGCAAGAGGUUCUGUGGAAAAAUGGUUAGUUCAAGUGGAAGAUCAAAUGCUUAAAUCUGUUAGGUCUGAAACUGAACUCUCUUACUAUGACUAUCCUACAACGACGAGACCAGAAUGGAUAUUAUCUUGGGAAGGCAUGGUAGUAUUGGCCAUAUCGCAGAUCUAUUGGGCCAUUGAUGUUCAUGCAAUUUUAAACACCCAUAAAUUGAGCGAACUUCAAGCUUUUCAUACAUCUUUAACGAAACAAUUGACCGAAACUGUCGGGAUAAUAAGAAGAACCGAUUUAACAAAAUUAAACAGUAUCACAGUAAAAGCUUUGAUUGUCAUUGACGUACAUGCUAAAGAUGUCAUAUUUGAACUAAUUGGAAAAAAUGUUACCGAAGUUACUGACUUUCAAUGGUUAGCUCAACUAAGGUAUUAUUGGGAGGAGGAAAGAGUAUGGGUGAAAAUUAUAAAUGCUGUAGUCAAUUAUGCCUACGAAUAUUUGGGUAAUAGUGACCGACUAGUAAUCACCCCUCUAACAGAUCGUUGUUACCGUACGUUGAUAGGUGCGUAUUAUCUUCACCUGAAUGGUGCACCAGAAGGACCGGCAGGUACUGGUAAAACUGAAACUACUAAAGAUUUGGCGAAAGCUCUCGCCGUUCAGUGUGUAGUGUUUAAUUGUUCAGACGGUUUAGAUUAUAAAGCCAUGGGAAAAUUUUUUAAAGGAUUAGCAUCUUGCGGUGCAUGGGUCUGUUUUGAUGAAUUUAACCGAAUAGAUGUCGAAGUACUGUCCGUUAUAGCACAACAAAUUUUAUGUAUAGUUCAAGCUGUUAGACAACAUUUAGAACAAUUUUUAUUCGAAGGCACUCUUUUGAAUUUAAAUCCUGCUUGUUAUGUAUGUAUCACAAUGAAUCCAGGGUAUGCAGGGCGUUCAGAAUUACCAGAUAAUCUUAAAGUAUUGUUCCGAACUGUUGCUAUGAUGGUCCCAGAUUAUGCGAUGAUUGGUGAAAUUUCAUUGUAUUCUUUUGGUUUUUUCGACGCUCGCAACUUAUCUAUUAAAAUUGUAACCACAUAUCGCUUAUGCUCGGAACAAUUGUCAUCUCAAAAUCACUACGAUUAUGGAAUGAGAGCAGUAAAGACGGUUUUAUCUGCUGCAGGCAAUUUAAAAAGAGAUUUCCCUCUAGAACAUGAAAGCAUACUGCUGUUAAGGUCCAUUACCGAUGUCAACUUACCUAAAUUUUUGUCCUUCGAUGUGCCGUUGUUUGAAGGCAUUAUAUCCGACUUAUUCCCUGGAAUUACACUACCUAAACCAGAUUACGAAAACAUACUAACCGCAUGUCGUGAUUGUUGCGAGUUAGAUAAUUUGCAACCUAUGGAUUGCUUUUUAAUUAAAAUCAUUCAAACUUUUGAAAUGAUGAUAGUGAGACAUGGAUAUAUGUUAGUGGGUGACCCGUUUUCUGGAAAAUCUAUGACGUUAAAAAUAUUGGCAGAUGCACUUACUUUAAUGGAAAAAAGGAAUCAACCUGGUGGCGUAGAGAGCAUGUAUAAAGUACUAAACCCAAAAGCAGUAACAAUGGGGCAGUUAUAUGGCGCUUUCGACCCAGUUUCGUACGAGUGGACUGAUGGUAUAGUAGCUACUACAUUUAGAGAAUUUGCAACUGACGACACUCCUGUAAGGAAAUGGUUAGUAUUCGAUGGACCUGUAGAUGCUGUAUGGAUAGAAAACAUGAACACAGUGUUGGAUGACAAUAAAAAACUUUGUCUGACUUCGGGAGAAGUGAUAGCCAUGACUUCUGUAAUGUCAAUGAUUUUUGAAGUAAUGGAUUUAUCUCAAGCGUCUCCAGCCACUGUCUCCAGAUGUGGCAUGAUUUACAUGGAAUCUUCUACAUUUGGAUUCAUGCCAUUUUACAAAUCCUGGUGUAAUACUUUGAAUCCUGCAUGGACCGACGAUAACGAACAGUAUAUUUACGAUAUGUGCGAAUGGCUAAUUGAUCCUUUAGUUCACUACGUCAGAAGAACGUGCACACAACUAGUAGCUGCCGGAGAAGUUAAUUUAGUUAUAAGUACUCUUCGUCUCAUUGUAAUGUUAAUGGAUAACGCUAUAGAAGGAGAGGAGGAUACUCGAUUCACAAGGACGUGGUUCAUAGCAUCUUUCAUGACGGCGCUUGUAUGGGGGAUCGGAGGCAUACUGAACAGUGAUUCCCGUGAAAAAUUUGACGAUUUAGUAAAAGAAUACUUUAGGGGAGAAUUGGGAAUACCGGAAAAUAUUGAAAGAAUUGACGUGUCCAUUCCUACAGAGGGUAUGGUUAUUGACCACUAUUACAUGUAUAAAAGCAAAGGUUGCUGGAAACCGUGGCCAGAAAGUGUAAAAGCUGCUGUAGUCAAAGAAGAGAUUAAUCUUUUACAAACUGUCAUACCUACCUUAGAAACCGAAAAGUAUAUGUUUUUAUUAAAAUUGCACGUGAAAUUUAAACAACCUAUAUUAUUGAUCGGACCUACAGGGACCGGGAAAAGUUUUUAUGUCCAAAAUUAUUUAAUGAAUAGAAUAGAUAUGGAUAAAUAUACGCCCGGAUUCAUUACAUUCACUACUACUACAUCUUGCAAUCAAACGCAAGACUUAGUACUUUCCAAACUUGUAAAGAGAAGGAAAAAUAAUUACGGACCUCCAAAAGGCAAAUUAGCUGUGAUAUUUAUCGAUGACAUGAAUAUGCCAGCCAAAGAAAUCUAUGGUGCCCAACCUGCUAUUGAAUUGCUCAGGUUAUAUUUUGAUCAAAAGCAUUGGUACGAUCUAAAAACCACAGAUAAAUUAUACAUAUGGGACACAUUCUUCUUCGGAGCUAUUGGACCAGUUGGUGGAAGUCGACAGUUGAUAUAUCCCAGAAUGCUAAGACAUUAUAACAUUUACUCAAUAAAUGAGUUCUCUAAAGAAAGCAUGACUAAGAUAUUUACGACACUGCUACAGCUCGGUUGGAGAAGAAAUGGUUUUGGUCAAGACGCGCAACCAGUAAUUGUCAAUAUAAUCACAGCGACAAUGGAAAUGUACGACAUCGCUACGGAAGGCUUGCGACCAACACCUGCAAAGUCACAUUAUAUAUUCAAUUUAAGAGAUUUCUCUAGAAUUAUCCAGGGGUGUAGUUUGUUAAGAAAGGAGUCUGCUGACAAUAAAAAAACUUUUACUAGAUUGUGGGUGCAUGAAAUAAUGCGCGUCUUUUAUGACAGAUUGGUCGAUGAUACAGAUAGGAAUUGGUUCUUUAAAGUACUUAAAGAUACAACUAAAAAUUGUAUGAAAGAUACAUUUGAAAAUGCUUUGGAUGUGUACCAAGACGAAAGAGGGGAAGUUACGCAGGAGAAUAUAAAAAGAAUGAUGUUUGGUUGUUACCUGGACUUGGAAAGUCUUGAAGGCGAAAGGAGAUAUGAGGAAAUACCAACGAAAGAAGCUUUCUUAAAUGUGGCUAUAGCUAUGUUAGCAGAGUACAAUGCAAUGCACAAGGCAAAAAUGUACAUAGUUUUGUUUGAUUAUGCUUUAGAACAUCUUUCUAAAAUAUGUCGAGUUUUAUCAAUGCCUAUGGGAAAUGCUUUAUUAGUGGGAGUCGGCGGAUCUGGUCGUCAAUCUCUUGUACGUCUGGGCUCUACUAUAUUAGGACAAGGCUGCUUUCAGCCAGAAAUAACUAAAAAUUAUAGCGUCAAAGACUGGCAUGACGAUCUUAAAACAGUACUUCGAGAAUCUGGUGGUUUGGCUAAAGAUACUACAUUUUUAUUUACUGAAAGUCAAAUACAAGAAGAGACAUUUAUUCAAAAUUUGGACAGCUUAUUAAAUUCUGGUGAAGUUCCUAAUAUGUACGGCUUAGACGAAAAGCAAGAAUUAUUGGAACUGUGUCGCUUAGCCGCACAAGGGGGUAAUAGAAAUUUAGAUAUUGGUCCACUACAAAUUUUGGCGUUCUUUGUGGGCAGAUGCAGGGCGAAGCUUCAUAUUUGUCUUUGCUUUAGCCCUAUAGGAAGCGCAUUUCGUCUGCGACUUAGACUUUAUCCAUCGUUAGUUAAUUGUUGCACAAUAGACUGGUAUGACAGCUGGCCCGAAGAAGCAUUAGAGAUGGUAGCAAACUAUUUUAUGGUUAAGGUUCAUGUACCAGACUCGGUGAAAGCUUCGGCUGUGAUAGCAUGUAAACAAUUUCAUGUAGAUGCGAGACAUAUAUCCAAUGAUUUUUUCUUUAAAUUUGGUAGGAAGUCAUAUAUAACAUCUGCAUCAUAUCUGAAUUUGAUUAAAUCUUUCACAUCAUUGACGAACAAGAAACAAAGAGAGUUAAAAGCCGCCAGACUUCGAUAUACUAAUGGUUUAGAUAAAUUGAACCAAGCUGCAGAGGCGGUAGCCAUAAUGCAACGUGAUUUAAAUGCGCUAAAACCACAGUUGAUUAUAAUGUCAGAAAAAGCUGCUAAAAUGAUGAAAGAAAUUGAAAAAGAAACUGAAAUUGCUGAUAAAGCAGCUGCACAAGUCAGAGAGGAUCAAAAAGUGGCUAACGUGCAAGCAGCUGCUGCCAAAGAAUUAAAAAAAGAUUGUGAAGCAGAUUUAGCACUCGCUUUACCAAUUUUAGAAGACGCGAUCGCUGCUUUAAACACUCUUAAACCAGCUGACAUUACAAUAGUUAAAUCUAUGAAAAAUCCUCCAGCCACAGUAAAGUUAGUAAUGGCAGCAGUUUGCGUCAUAAAAGGAAUUGCUCCUGACAGAAUUCCUGACCCCGAUAAUCCGGGUAAGAAAAUCUAUGAUUUUUGGGGGCCCAGCAAACGACUUUUGGGUGAUAUGGCAUUCUUAGAAAACUUAAGAAAUUUUGAUAAAGAUAAUAUUCCCGUCGAUGUAAUGAAAAAAAUUAGAAAAGAAUAUUUGUCUAACAAAGAUUUCAAACCUCAUAUUAUUGCAAAAUCAUCUUCAGCUGCCGAAGGCUUGUGUAAAUGGAUAAUUGCAAUGGACAUGUACGACGCAGUGGCAAAGGUAGUCGCACCUAAAAAAGCUAAAUUAGAGGCUGCGGAGAGAGAAUUUGCUGAAACUAUGGCAAUUUUGGAAGAGAAAAAAGCUACAGUAGCCCGUUUAGAAGCAAGACUUGCCGAAUUGAACGAAGCAUUGGAAGAAGCUAUGCUCAAAAAGAAGGCCCUUGAGGAUGAAGUCCAGCUUUGUAUUGACAAAUUGUAUCGAGCAGAAAAAUUGAUUGGUGGUCUGGGAGGUGAAAGAGUUCGAUGGACCGCUGCUGCCGAAAACUUGCUAUUAUUAUUUGAAAAUCUGGCAGGUGAUAUGUUAGUAUCCUGUGGGAUAAUUGCAUAUUUAGGUCCGUACAUACUACAAGUAAGAAUAGAAACUAUUAAAGAAUGGCGUGAUCUGAUCAUAAAAUUAAAAAUGCCACAUUCAGAGACAUACGCUCUUAAAGAUGUUUUAGGUACAGACAUAAAGAUCCAAAACUGGUGUAUUGCCGGAUUACCACGGGAUGCGUUUUCGAUUGACAAUGCUAUCAUACAAGAUAAUUCUAUGAAAUGGUCUUUGCUCAUUGAUCCUCAAGGUCAAGCUAACAAGUGGAUAAAAACUAUGGAAAAAGCAAAUGAUCUACAAAUAUUAAAGUUUACCGAUGGUCAUUACAUGAAAUAUUUAGAAACUUGCUUAGAGUAUGGUAAACCAGCUCUAAUCGAAUGUAUUCUUGAAGAUGUCGAGGCUCCUUUGGAUCCAAUUUUAAUGAAAAAUACUUACAUUCAAGGAGGUAAAGAAUUUAUUGCUAUUGGAGAUAACGUUAUUGAAUACCAUCCCAAUUUCAGACUUUAUAUGACAACCAAACUCAGAAAUCCCCAUUAUUUGCCGGAAGUAUUUAAUAAGGUUACUGUCGUUAACUUUGUACUCACCAAAGAUGGUUUAGAUGACCAGUUGCUGGGAAUAGUUGUCGCCAAAGAAAGACCAGAUUUACAAGAAAAACGCGAAAAACUGAUUGUACAAGGUGCACAAAAUAGAGCUGCGCUUAAGCAAACUGAAGAUGAUAUUUUGCGUACCUUACAAGAAACAAAGGGUGAUAUUUUAGAAGAUGAAACUGCUGUUGAUGUACUGGAUUCAUCUAAGUUACUAGCAGAUGACAUCAUGAAAAAGCAAGAAGCCAGCUUAGAAACUGAAGUUAUCAUAGAAAAGUUUAGACUAGGCUAUAAACCAAUUGCCUCACAUUCAGCUAUACUGUACUAUUGUGUGACAGAACUGCCAAAUGUUGAUCCAAUGUACCAAUAUUCUCUAACAUGGUUCAUUAAUCUGUAUAUUAUAUCAAUAGAAAAUGCUAACAAAUCCAAAGACUUGGACAAAAGAUUAAAGUUUCUCAAAGAAACUUUUACUUACAACUUAUAUAGCAAUGUUUGUAGAUCAUUAUUUGAUAAAGAUAAAUUGAUGUUCUCUUUUAUUAUGUGCUCAAAGAUGAUGUUAGCUUCUGAAGAAAUGAAACAUGAUGAAUACAUAUUCCUUAUAACAGGUGGUAUAGCUAUUGAAAAUCCUCAUAAAAAUCCAACUAAUUGGUUACCAGAUAAAGGAUGGGAUGAAAUUUGCCGUCUAAAUGAUUUAAAAACCUACAAUGGAAUUAAAAAUGAUUUUUUAAAUGACACAAAACAUUUUAAAGAAGUUUAUGAUGACAUGGAACCACAUAACAAACCACUGCCUGGCAAGUGGGACAGUUGCUUAACUCUUUUCCAAAAAUUGUUAGUUCUCAGAGUAUUAAGGCCAGACAAAUUAACCAUUGCAAUCUCAGAUUUUGUAGAGAAAACUUUGGGUAAAAAAUUCAUAACACCUCCUCCUUUUGACAUAGGAAAAUCGUUCGGAGAUUCAAAUUGUUUGGCACCCUUAAUAUUCAUAUUAUCUCCUGGUUCUGACCCGAUGGGUGCAUUAAUUAAAUAUUGCGAAAGAAUGGGAUACGCAAAUAGGUUUAAUUCCAUAUCAUUGGGUCAGGGUCAAGGUCCCAUCGCAAGAGCUAUGAUAGAGAGAGCUCAAUUAGAAGGUGGAUGGGUGUGUUUACAGAACUGUCAUUUAGCAGUAUCAUGGAUGCCAACAAUGGAAAAAAUUAUUGAAAGUUUUGAUCUUACAAAUACAGACCUUAGUUUCAGACUUUGGCUUACCAGCUACCCUUCAGAGAAAUUUCCGCAAGCUGUCUUACAAGUUGGUGUUAAAAUGACAAAUGAACCUCCAACAGGGCUUCAACAUAAUUUAAAUAGAUCUUACAUUUCGGAACCCUUGAAAGAGGCCGAAUUUUUCGAGGGAUGCCCUGGAAAAGACAAAACAUUCAGUAAACUGUUGUAUGGAAUCAGUUUCUUUCAUGCUGUUGUACAGGAGAGAAAAAAAUUCGGUCCACUGGGAUGGAACAUUCAAUAUGGUUUCAACGACUCUGAUUUCCAAAUAUCUGUGAUGCAAUUACAAAUGUUUCUGAACCAAUACGAAGAAAUUCAAUAUGUAGCUAUUAAGUACUUGACGGGAGAAUGCAAUUAUGGCGGUCGAGUAACUGAUGAUUGGGAUCGCAGAUUAAUAGUUACAAUCUUGGAUAAUUACGUGAAUGAUCGAGUCGUAAAUGAUCCAAAUUAUUUGUUUUGUGAAUUAGGACAACAGUAUGGGCUACCUCGAAGAUGUGAGUAUCAAGAUUAUCUUAAACAUAUAGAAACAGUACCUGUGAAUCCGCCUCCAGAAGUGUUUGGAUUGCAUAUGAAUGCGGGGAUAACUCGUGACUAUGCCGGUUCUAUGGCAUUGGCCGAUUCGCUUGUUCUAGUGGAAGGUAGUGGUGGCGGUGGAGAAGGUGGUGACACAGAGAACAUUCUUGUGCAAAUGGCUACAGAAAUAUUGUCCAAAAUACCUAAACUUUUCGACAUUGAAACGUCACAGAAAAAGUUCCCUGUGGAUUACAAUGAAUCGAUGAAUACUGUACUAAUCCAAGAAAUGGAACGCUUUAACAAAUUAACAAGAGAAAUAACUAAUUCUCUAAGAGAUUUGCAAAAAGCUGUGAAAGGGCUUAUCGUAAUGUCUCCUGCUUUAGAACUGCAGGCGAAUUUUAUGUUGCUAGGCAAAAUACCGGAAAACUGGCGGAAAGUGUCGUAUCCAAGUCUAAAACCAUUGCCCAGUUAUGUUACUGAUUUUGUCGAGCGGUUGAAAAUGUUACAGGAUUGGUAUGACAAUGGAAAACCAUCUACGUUUUGGCUGUCAGGUUUCUUUUUCACUCAAGCGUUCCUUACUGGUUCUGUCCAGAAUUACGCUAGAGCUAAAACAAUUCCGAUAGAUUUGCUAAUAUUCGAUUUUGAUGUAAGAAAAGUUGACUAUGAAACAAUAUCACCUGAGUGGGGAGUAUACGUGCACGGGUUAUUUAUGGAUGGUGGGCGGUGGGAUCAUUCCACGCAUGUAAUAACAGAACAAUAUCCUAAAAUUUUGAACGAUAACAUGCCAGUGAUAUGGCUGUACCCUAAGCUCAAACCUGAGUUCAAUGAAGGUACACGUUACAAGUGUCCCUUAUAUAAAACAUUAGAACGUAAAGGUGUACUUGCAACUACUGGCCAUUCGUCCAAUUUUGUUUUAGCUUUUUACUUGCCGUCUAACAAGCCGUCCGCUCACUGGAUCAAACGUAGUGUUGCUUUACUACUGCAACUAAACAACUAAAACUGUAAUAAUCAAUCGCAAGUAUGUUUACAAUAAUUAAUUCAUUAUUUAUGAAAAAUUAUUGUUUUUUUAUUUAUCGCAAUUACCUUUGAAUAAUUUACUAGAACAAUUCGUAUGCUUGUUGAAUAUUUAUAUGUAUAAUGUAAUCGCACAAUUAGGUAUUGAGUUAUAGCUAUGAUUGUCAUAAACAACUGGCGCGACUGGUUUUUGAAUGCUCGUAAGUGGAUAUCCUGCGUGUCUGCUCCAUACUAACGACGUUAUAUGAAAUCAUUGAUUGAUAAAAGUCAACGCCGUUGUGUACACGCUUUGGAAACAAUAUACCUAGUCAUGUCUUGUUUUCAUUAUUCCGUCCAACAUUACUAAACUUAUGCUAAUUUUUGAAAUAUCUGCUUUUGAAACGGCUUCUUAAACCAGAUGAUGGCCAGCCUAUAUGAAUUGUAUAAUUG